ACUCAAAACCGUGAAGAACCAGCAGUAGCAAACAGUCGUCAUCAGAAGCAAAACCAAUAGUUGAAGAUUCAGAUUCAAAUUCAAUGUUGGAAGCACACGAAACCAAGGAAAAAACCCAAAAAAAAAAAACAAAAAAUCUCAUGCCUCUGAACCAAUCCUACGUUCAAGUCAAAGUCAUGCUCUUGCCUUUCAAUUCAAUCCUCUUCUCCUCCUUCUACCACUACCCACCUUUAAAUUUUUCAGGCUGAACAGCAUCAUAUUCAUUGUAUCUCAAAUCGGGUUGGAUCCAUCAGAAAAUGGGGAUCCGAUCAAUCCGAAUCUUAACACUCUCCGUCGUCUUCCUCGCUGUCAUCGCCGCCGCCGCCACUGCCAUCUCUCCUGGUGAUACUCUCUUAGCUUCCAACACAAAUCAAAGAUGGUCUUCUCCGAACAACACAUUCUCCCUUCAUUUCCUUCCUUCCAGCCCUCAAACUUCUCCUCCUACCUUCAUCGCCGCCAUCGUGUAUUCCGGCGACACCCCCGUCAUCUGGUCCGCUGGUGAUGGCUUGGCCGUUGACUCCGGCGGCUCCUUCCGGUUCCUUUCCAACGGAACCCUUCGCCUCGUAAAUGGGUCUGGAUCAACCGUUUGGAGCUCCGAAACUUCAAAUCUGGGUGUCUCCUCCGCUACCCUACAAGACGAUGGCAAUCUCGUGCUCUCAAACGGAACCGCCACCGUCUGGUCAACGUUCGACCAUCCUACCGAUACAAUUGUUCCUUCUCAGAACUUCACUACCCGUAUGGUUCUGCGAUCUGGACCGUAUUCGUUUCAUCUUAUUUCAAGUGGAAAUUUGACCCUUAAAUGGAACGAUAGCAUAUUAUACUGGAAUCAGGGUUUGAAUGCAUCUGUGAAUGCGGAGUUAAAUUCGCCGGUUUUGAGGUUGCAAUCAAUAGGGCUUUUGCAACUGUAUGAUUCUAAUCUGUCAACUCCAGUUGUUAUUGCUUACAGUAGUGACUAUGCUGAAGGUAGUGAUGUGUUGAGAAUUUUGAAGAUAGAUAGUGAUGGGAACUUGAGGAUUUACAGUUCUUCAAGAGGUAGUGGAACUGUAAAUGCAAGAUGGGCUGCUGUAGAUCAAUGUGAAGUUUAUGCUUACUGUGGGAGCUAUGGUAUUUGCAGUUACAACGAUUCAGACCCAAUCUGUGGGUGCCCGUCUCAGAAUUUUGAGAUGAUUGAUCCGAGUAACAGCCGAAAAGGAUGCAGAAGGAAGGUGCAUCUUGAUGAUUGUCCUGGAAGUGCAACUAUGUUGCAAUUGGAACAUGCUCAGUUCUUGACUUAUCCGCCUGAGCUGAGUACACAAAUAUUUUUCAUUGGUAUAUCAGCUUGUAGAGGUAAUUGUUUGGCAGGUUCCUGCUUUGCUUCUACUUCGUUAUCAGAUGGCACAGGACAGUGUUACAUAAAAUCCUCGGAUUUUAUCAGUGGGUAUCAAAAUCCUGCACUGCCUAGCACUUCGUAUGUCAAGGUUUGCGGACCAGUGGCUCCAAACCCUCCGGCUUCCUCUGUUGGAGCUGAGAAGAAGCAUCGUGGGAGGGUACCAGCUUGGAUUGUGGUGUUAGUGGUUUUGGGUACCCUUUUAGCUUUGAUUGCCUUUGAAGGUGGUUUGUGGUUCUGGUGCUGUAGGAACAGAACAAUAUUAGGUGGAUUAUCUACACAAUAUGCUCUUCUUGAGUAUGCUUCGGGUGCGCCGGUCCAGUUCUCAUACAAGGAGCUCCAGCGGGCAACGAAAGGGUUUAAAGAGAAGCUUGGGGCUGGGGGCUUUGGUGCUGUGUAUAGAGGAGUCCUUGCUAAUAAAACUGUUGUUGCAGUGAAGCAACUUGAGGGCAUUGAGCAAGGUGAGAAACAGUUUAGAAUGGAAGUAGCUACUAUAAGCAGCACUCAUCAUCUCAACUUAGUGAGGCUGAUUGGUUUCUGCUCAGAAGGGCGCCACAGGCUUUUAGUCUAUGAGUUCAUGAAAAAUAGUUCUCUUGAUAAUCUUCUGUUUGUGACUGAAGAACAGUCGGAAAAACUGUUGAAUUGGGAGUAUCGGUUCAACAUUGCCCUAGGCACUGCAAGGGGCAUCACAUAUCUUCAUGAGGAAUGUCGAGACUGCAUUGUCCACUGUGAUAUAAAACCUGAAAACAUUCUCUUGAAUGAAAAUUACAUUGCCAAAGUCUCAGAUUUCGGCCUUGCAAAGCUCGUGAACCCAAAGGACCACAGGCACCGAACUCUGACGAGUGUGAGAGGAACACGAGGAUAUUUAGCUCCUGAAUGGCUUGCCAAUCUUCCCAUAACUUCCAAGUCUGAUGUUUACAGCUAUGGUAUGGUUUUGUUGGAGAUUGUGAGUGGAAGGAGGAACUUUGAUGUGCUGGAUGACAGAAACAGGAAAAAGUUCUCCAACUGGGCUUAUGAAGAGUUUGAGAAAGGCAAUAUCAUGGGAAUACUUGACAAAAGACUGAAUGACCAAGAAGUUGACAUGGAGCAAGUACAAAGAGCAAUUCAGGUAAGCUUCUGGUGCAUCCAGGAGCAUCCAUCUCAGAGGCCAACGAUGGGUCGAGUCGUGCAAAUGCUUGAAGGGAUAACCGGGAUCGAAAAGCCCCCGGCACCAAAACCCUCUGUCGAAGGAUCCGUCAGUGGAACAAGCACGCACUUGAGCAGCAAUGCUAGUGCCUUCUCCACCGUUGCAGCCUCAGCCCCAGGUACUGCUUCAUCUUCCUCACAUCUGAACAGUGGUGUUUCAAGUUUGACUUCAGGAAGGAACACUGAGAAGGCAACUUCCUCUCUUCUACAAUCAGACCAGUUAUAGACAAAAAUCUAUCCACUUGAUUAUUUGAUGCUGGAAUGGCAAAAGUAAGCUUCUUCAGCUGGUAAAUUGUCAUCAAGUCAUAGAUAAUAGAUAGAUAGAUACUUAGUUACAUGGUGUAAUAAUUAUAAUGAAUAUGAGAUAGGAAUGUGCAGAUUACGCUAUAAAUAUCUUUGUUGAGCUUCAGAACUUUUCCUUAAUGUGAUCAAUGAGAAAUUUUGAUGCUGGACAACUGCAAAUGGUUGCAGUUUUUUCAAUAAUUGAUGUAUAUCAUCUUUUGCUGCAGAAAUUGGGGUGCUUCACUGCUUAUUGUGAUUUUCUGUGAUUAGUAUGUGAAGAAUAUAUUUCUACA